AUGGAACAAAAGCAGUUUAAAGACCUAAAAAAAAAUCUCAAGAAUUCAACACAGUCUAAGAAUUCAAGUUCCGGGGCCUUCAAAAACACGGCCUCAUCUAUUAAUGAAGAAGACAGCACACAACUUGCAGGCUCUGAAGAUGAAAAUUUUGAUUCCUUUUCAAUAAUGGGCUCAAUCAGUGAAGGAGUCCAAGUUCAAAAGGUUCCCAAAGUUGAAAUGAGCCCGAGAAUCCCAAGAGUGGAAGCUGCGCCUCCUUUUAAAAAUCCAGGGACCCUCCCAUGUCCCUUUUACCAAGAUUCAUUGCAAGAAGAUUUCGUUGGAAAGAAUUCUGACCUAGACAAGUCGAGCGAAACAACAGAAUCUACACAAGAAAACAAUGAGAGAAUGAACCAAGCACUGUGGGAUGCAGCUGAUUCAAACCAAUAUGAGACUUGCAGAAUGCUAUUGGAUAAAUCCCUCAAUGGGGACAUGGUAGCCAAUGUUAACAGCCAUAUGCCAGAUGGACUGACAGCACUUCAUUUGGCUGCUCUCAAAGGCCAUGUGAAAGUGUGCGAAACACUUCUGGACUACGGCGACAACACUGAUUUAAAUUCGCGUGACCUGUUACAAAGGACCCCUUUGCAUUUAGCUUGCUUGCAUGCAAAACUCCAAGCUGCACAGCUGCUAGUGAGGUCUGGAGCGUUUUUAAAUGCAGCCGAUGUUGAUGGGAACACUCCUUUACAUUAUGCAGUCCUAACUGAAGAUAAGGAAUUCUUACAUUGAAUAUUAUGCAGGUUUCCUGACUUAAGCGUGAAAAACAAUGAAGGAAAAACCGCCUUUGAAAUGACUGACAAAAUGAGCAUUCAAGAGCUGGCUGAAAACAAACGGCCACCACCGCCAGUACUUAACUUAACUCCUCAAAGAAUAAAAAUCAGAAAUUCUAUUGAUGAGCUGACUGAUUUUAUGAUGCAAGGGGUCUCACGAAGAAAUUGUCCAUUUAGCAUCCCAGAAACUCCUCAGCCUGAAAAGAAAAAAAUUUCUCCUCUGGACUUUCAAGCGAUUCAGCAAAUUGGAAAAGGAAGCUUCGGCGAGGUAUUUUUGGUAGAAAAGAAAGACUCUCAUGAGCUUUUUGCCAUGAAAAUUUUACAAAAAAGCAAAGUCAUGCGUCAGAACAUAGUCAAGUACGCAAUGACUGAAAGAAAUGUGCUCAGUUAUAUGAGACAUCCAUUUAUAGUAGGGCUGAAAUACGCUUUCCAGACACAAAACAAGCUAUUUUUAAUUUUAGAUUAUUGCCCAGGUGGAGACUUAGGAUCGCACAUUGCGAGAGAGAAAAGAUUCAGCGAAACGCGUGCGAGAAUUUAUUUAUGCGAAAUUUUGGCAGCUUUAGAAGAGCUACAUAGACGUGACAUAAUCUUUAGAGAUUUGAAGCCUGAUAAUGUAGUGCUUGACUCAGAAGGCCACGCUAUGCUCACUGAUUUUGGGUUGUCUAAAGAAGGAGUUUUAGAUAACUUUUCAGCGAAAUCUUUCUGUGGAUCUGUCGCAUACUUGGCCCCAGAAAUGCUGAAGCGUCAAGGCCAUGGCAAAGCAGUGGAUUGGUAUUUACUCGGAGUGCUGUUGUACGAGAUGCUUGUAGGAAUCCCACCUUAUUUUUCCCAUAACAAAGAUCAGCUAUAGCGCUUUCCCGAGUAUGGCGCGGAAUGGCGCCAUCCUCGGGGAAAGCCAGGAAGGCAUCCACACGGGAACUGGGAGUUCCACGUGUGGAUGCCAUUUUGAUAUGUGGAAGUUUGGAUCCCACAUGUCAAAAAUGGCAUCCACACGUGGAACUCCCAGUUCCCGUGUGGAUGCUUAGUUGACUUUCCGAGGAUGGCGCCAUUCCGCGCCAUCCUCGGGAAAGCGCUAUAUUCCACAACAUCCAGCACUCAACACUAAAGAUCCCUACCAGUCUGAGCUCAGACGCAAAGAACUUGCUAAAAGGACUGCUGCAAAGAGAGCCAUCGAAAAGACUUGGAAGCCGAAGAGAUGCAGAGGAAAUCAAGGAGCAUCAUUUUUUUUAUGGGAUCAACUGGGAUUCGGUUAUGAGGAGAGAACUGAGGCCUCCCAGACCGCCUAAGCCCGUUGUUGCACAUGGGUCUGUGCCACAAGAAAGAGUAGUAGCUGCAGAAAGCUUGGUCAAUAAUGAAACGACGCACUUGACGGGCUGGACCUUUGUAUCUGAAUAA